AUGAACGGCCGACAAGGAUGGAAUAGUAUUCUCGGUCCUUCGGGAAUGGAGAUAGGAACAGGUGUGGAGGUAGAAGUUGAGGAAGUAGACGAAGGAUACAGUGAUGAGGAUGUGGACAAAGAUAUGGGAGGGCUCCAAUUGAGCCAAUAUUCAAGCCCUCCACUCGAAUUUUUCACGGGUGAACAUUUGUCUUGGGCUGACGAAGUAACCGAAGCGGAAGAAGAGCGACAAGCGCAGAUGCAAGGUGGAUAUGAGGAGGAUGAGGGACAAGGUCUUGAUAUUGAGGAGGAUGACAAUGGUGAUCCUAUUGAGGCGAUCAAUGGCUCACCUUAUCUUCUCUCCGUCAAUCCAACACAUGUAUCGUAUCAGUCACCACAAGAUUAUGAGGACGAAGAAUCAGACAACGAGUCAACUUCAAGCAGUGAAUCCGAGUCCGAGAUGGUGACGGUCAAUGUUGAUGAUUACCAUCCUUCUUUCUUUCAAAUGGACCCCCGAGGGAGUAGAUAUCACCAGCGAAAGUUUCUUUCAGAACUUCAAACUUACCCCCUAGAAGUCCGCACAAACUAUGCCACCCUUAUUCGUGCGGCUCUGCAAUUUAAGUCAGAAAUUGAAGCAGUAACAACUCAACGCUGUUUGGAGCGGUCUUUUGAACUUCAAUUGAAGAGCUUGGUAGCUACCACCGAACCAGAGGAUCUAUUACUACGAAAAGUACUCUUGGCAAAUGCUUAUGAACACGUGAUGAGCACAAGGGUCAAGCACAAGGCGAUUGAGUCUGGUAAACCCGCCAAUGACUAUCUCCUCGAACACGCCCCAAAUUUGGCAUUACGAAAUGCUGAUGAUAUCGGAUGGUUAGCGGAAGCCGACAAGUCGGAUUUGGAAGGAGAGCUGUAUGAUCUGCAAAUGUUGGAAGGGGAAGUGAAUAUGGAAAUCCAAAGUUCGGAAUCUUCGGAGGACACAUCACCUUCGUUCGUAGAGGCGAAUCCGAAAGAGUGGGAAGGGUCAGAUGAAUCGCCGGAAGAAACGAGUUGGGCCUGCACUGGUCUUGGCAUCACUUUUUAG